AGUGUACACCAACCGUUAGGUUGCCGCGUGUUUUUGGAAAACUUGGAAUUACCAAAUUUUGCAAAUUCAGAACGAAAAUAAAUAUUUAAAAACUAAGUGAUUAUAAAUAAGACAAAAUGUACGCAGCAGUUAAACCGCUUUCCAAGUAUCUGCAGUUCAAGUCGGUGCACAUCUACGAUGCCAUUUUCACGCUUCACUCGAAAGUUACGGUGGCCUUGCUGUUGGCCUGCACUUUUUUGCUUUCCUCGAAACAAUAUUUCGGGGAUCCUAUACAGUGUUUAGGGAGCAAAGAUAUGGACUAUGUGCACUCCUUUUGCUGGAUUUAUGGGGCCUUUGUUCAUGUGAAUGCAAGUACGGCGCCUUUGAAGAACGGCGCAUCACAGUGCCAGCCAGAUGCCAAGGGAUCUACUUCCAUGGAUGAACGCCGCUAUAUCAUUUACUAUCAAUGGGUAGUUCUGGUUUUGCUACUAGAGUCUUUCGUAUUCUAUAUGCCAGCCUUUCUCUGGAAGAUUUGGGAGGGCGGUCGCCUGAAGCACCUGUGUGACGACUUCCACAAGAUAGCUGUUUGCAAGGACAAAAGCAGGACUCAUCUUCGCGUGUUGGUCAACUAUUUCUCCAGUGACUACAAGGAGACCCACUUUCGCUACUUUGCUAGCUACGUCUUCUGCGAGAUUCUAAAUUUGAGCAUUAGUAUUCUGAACUUCCUCCUCUUGGACCUGUUUUUUGGCGGCUUCUGGGCUCGCUAUCGGGAUGCUUUGGUAGCUCUUUUUGAAAAGGAUUUCUAUGAGUGGAACCGCAUCGCCAUGCAGGUAUUCCCAAAGUGCGCCAAGUGUGAAGUAAGCAGAGGCGGUCCUAGUGGUUCGCCCACCAUAAGCGACCACCUUUGUCUGCUGCCUCUAAAUGUAUUGAACGAGAAGAUCUUUGCCUUCCUCUGGGUGUGGUUUAUUUUGGUGGCUGUCCUCGUAUCCCUGAAGUUUGUGUACCGCCUUACCACUGUUUUUUACCCCGGAAUGCGAUUGCACCUGCUGCGGGCCAGAGCUCGUUUCAUGCCCAAGUCGGACUUGCAGUUGGCCCUGCGAAACUGCAGCUUUGGAGAUUGGUUCGUGCUAAUGCGCGUGGGCAACAACAUCAGCCCUGAGCUAUUCCGCAAGCUGCUAGAAGAACUGUACGAAGUAAAGUCGAUGGGCAAGAAAAAUCCGCCAGGAGCGGAUGAAAUCUAAAAGCUCAACUUUGACACUUGCCUUAAUCUGAACUUACUGAUGUAAGUUUUCUUUUUUCUUUUCUAAAUCAUAACUCUGGUAAAAGACUAGGAUGACACGACAAGUGUUACACAUUUUUUGAUUUUCAUUUUCAUAUUACUCCUAAUCGAUAUGUACAUAUUAUCGAACACAUUGUUAACUAAACGUGAAGCUAAGCGAAAUAUAGCAAUCUCAGUUGAUUACUACGUACUCAUGUAUAUAUCAUUUCUCAUAAACUCUAAUGGAAUUUUAUGUUUUGCGAAUAUAUAUAUUACUUUCAUGUUAUAACAUUAAAGAUUAACGGCUUAACAAUAA